UUUAAAUAUUAUUUUUGUACUAUAGUAAUGUUUUUAAUAUUUUUUUAUCAACCGUUUUGAUACUUCUACUAUUAAACAAAGUUCAAUAUUCAUUCUAUUCAUGAUAAUUAGUCUAUUGUUAUGAGUUUUGUUGACACAUUACUUUCAACUUCCAGAUUAGUUCAAAGAAGAGUAAAAUUAUGCACUUGUACCGGUUUAGAGCGUCAGCUCUUAAAUGAACUCGAGAGUUUAUCCCUAAAAUUUAACCUGGUUUCAAGAGGGAAAUCAUACGUUGAUAUAUUAACUGGAUUAGAUACAAUAUGGUCAAUUAUUCAGAAUAGCCGGAUAUGUCGACAACUCUAUAUUCACGUUCUCGAUCCUUUCGAUGCCGAAAAUCCUAAACAUUUCGUAAACAGGCUGAAUCAGGCUGAUUGGGCCUCAUUUAUCCCAUUUUCUCACAAAUUACCUCCUCCAACUAUUAAGGUUUUAUCAAGCAAUUCUAAGCUUUACCACACUGGAAUGGUCAGGAACAUGGUUGAAAGGGUGAUAAAUUCUCACUGUUAUCGAUAUAAGAAGAUGCAGGGCGACGAGUUACCAAGUUUCAUGAAGAACCGUGGAUAUAUUCCUCUUUGCCCAAAGAUUACUGUUGAUAUAAAUAAUAACAACUGCCAAGUGUUGGCUGAUGCGUCUGGCGACUUGAGCGAAAGGCCCUGGAAUAAACUGUCAAUUAUGGAUGAUCGGAUGGUUUCUAGUGCUUCUUCAGCUGUAAUUCAGGAACUAAUAACAGGAGAUGCUCUUUCAGACAGGACCACAAUUUGGGACCCAUUUUGUCAUAACGGUGCAUUACUUUUGGAACUAUUAUCAUAUUUAAAUGAUGAGAAAUUCAGACCCGAAUCAACAAAUUACCCACUUAAUAACUUCCCAUUGUGUACUUUGUUUUACGAACAUAAUCAUUUAACACGAUCAAAUCUGCCAAACUCUGGCUAUUCUUUACUUGGAACUGAUCCUAUCCCCGAUAAUAUUAAUUUCGCAAACGAUAUUCUUUCUAAGCUUAAAGACCAAAAUGCAGUUCAUACAAAUCAAACAGAUACGCAAUCUAGGAAUGUUGAAAUAAAAUUUGAUUGUAAGCCCAUAACUGAUGUCCCACUUGACCUUAAUAACUGUAUAAUUUUAACAAACCUGUAUUAUGGAAAUAAGGAAAUGAAGGCUCAGUAUUCUAAUUAUUAUAGAGAAUUUAUCAAAUUUAUCAAGUCUAAAGCUACAAAAACACCUUCAGUAUACGUUAUUGCCCCAAGGUCUUUCAAGAAAGUUUCUAGGCUAAAAUGGGAAACCCUCAUGAUGUUUAACAAUAACGGCAUAAUUGUUGAUUUAUUAAGAUUAAUAAAGUAGUAAAUCUGUAAAAUAGUGAAAUCAUUUUAAAUUCUUGAAUAUAUUAUAAGCAUUU